GGCGGCGGACGGGACGUCAAUUUAUCCGCCUUAUUAGGACUAUUCUCCCUCUCUUAAUUGGGCCUCGUUAGGACCCGAACGACUUUCGCUUCCCUUCCCGGCUGGCGAGACGGGAGUUUGGGCGGCGCGGGGGGGGGGAAGGGGAGGCUGCCCUGUCUGCCCCUUUUCUCUGCCUCUCAACGGCCGCUGCCUUGACGUUGACGGGCCGCCAGCUGCGCGGGUUGUCUGCCUUCCGCGGGUGGCGGGGCGGGAGCGUCUCAUGACCAGCCGGCGACUGUCCCAAGCCCUGGGGGGGGGGGGUGAGAAGGAGAGAAAAGCGGCUCUCGGGCGCUUGGGUGGCGGGCAGCUACGCGUGUUGACGCUUGUCCCUUCUUCUGGUGUUUGCGCUUCUCCUGAAAUAGUUGCUGGCUAGACAUUCCGGGGCGGGGGAAGAAUUUCGCAGGCGCGCUUUAUCGCCCGCGGGGCUUCGGGGCAGCGCAAGCCGCUGGCGUUGCCAUCCCCGGGCCUAGGGGGCGGGGCUCUCCUCCUGGAGGCUGAGGGUCUGACGCCGCACGUCUGUGUCUCUCCCCUCCGUUACGGAGCUCUGCUUUACCUUUGAGAUACUACUAUCAACUUCCACUCCCUCGCCGGCAAAUUUAAUCCCCCGGGCCGUGAUAAUGACCCUCUGGAAAGUGAUUCCGACGAGGGAGGGGAUGUGCGAUGUAUUCCUGGCGGUUUAAUGGGCCCCAAGUGGAAGGAAAAUGAGGAGGUCGGAAUCCCUGGAAGAUCGGCCACGUGCUGCGAUUUCAAUGACGACCCCCUGGCUCUUGUGAAACGUCUCCCUGGCUUAUAAUGGCAGCCCCUUAGCUCUCUCCCCGGCCACUUGGCUCAGUCAGAGUAGUGCGCCACAAGUAGUUGGGGUGUUGUGUUUCGAAAGGCAUUUUGCCAGUAGGGGAGAAAUAAACGCAGCAAACUUAGAGCAGAGGCAGAUGGAGGAAAGAGGGACAUGAGGGAGAUGCUUUUUUAAAAAAAGUACAGGUUGUACCAGUACUUUAGUAAUGUUAUGUGGGUAUGGUUCAGUGCUAAACUACACGGAUACUUGCAUGGUUCAUGUAUGUGGUUUCUUGUGUGGGAAUUGCUGUACUGCACUUUCUCCCAUAAAUUUAUUAACUUAUUCUUAGGAUACUAAUAUAUGAGAAAAUACUGCAUGUAUAUGCUGCUUCCUUUUUCCAUGUACUGCUCCAUUGGUUGCAGGAACAUACUAGAACAGUUUCUCUUGUUGCAGAAGAGGGAAGUGUUGCUGGGAGACCAUUUUCUGUACAGUUUUACAUGGUCUGCAAUUUACUUCUUUCAGUUUGCUAUAGCUUGGUCUUUUUUCUUCUUCAAUUGCUUUUAGAACUAUUCACUUUUGCCACUUACAUAAAACAUUCAUGUAGUUCCUAAUGUUUCGUUUCCUUACUAUGUUCUGGGUACAAUAGAGAAACAGGAUAUUGGGAAGUGGCUGUCAAGAUGGACAAGAAGAGAGAGCAUUACUGUAUCUAUCCUAUGCCUCUGUGUAAUGUGUUUUCAUUGCAGUAUACUAUACUGCUAUGAUGGCUGCUGCUUGCUUUGUCCCUUGCUAGGGUGGAAGCAUACUGAAGUUGGCUGUCAGACAGAGUGAUCCUUCUGCUUCCUUCAGGGUCAUACUACCUGUUUCAAGGCAAGGGGGAAAGUUUUGGGGUAGACAAACAGAAAGGAUAGGGCACAGAAUGGCUUGAGAAACUGAUUUGAGGGGGGGGAGGAAUGGAGUUAAGGGAAUGAGCAAAAAGCACUUCUUCCACCCCAAGAGAAAAUGGGAUAUUGGUUCCAAUUUCUAAAAGUGCCUGAAACUGCAUACCUUUUUACUUUCUCUCAGAUAUGGGGAGUGGCUAUCUUGAAGAAUACUGCUCCUGGUAACCCUGAGAUCACUGGAUGGAAUAAUGUUUAUGAAUGAAAUUGCUCUUUGAAUGUUUUAACAGUUUUGGAAUGUUUUUGUUUUUAAAUUGUGGAUCUAUUUGCUGCCCUGGACUCCUUCAGGAGGAAGGGUAGGGUAUAAAUUCAAUCCAUCUAUAUAUAACAAAAUGUAAAAAUCGUGAAAGUGUGUGUUCCACUUUUCUCCGUAACCGCUUGACCGAUCGUCCUGAAAUUUUGACAAAACGAUCCAGGCCACUCCCCAAGCGUUGUUGGGAAAGAAAAUCCCUCAAAUCUCACACCUGGGCAGAUAUAUACCUGGUUUUCCACCAAGUCAAACAGCGCCCUCAAGUGGCGUUAUUCCCUCAGCUCCUCCUCCUACACCCCCUCCCUUCCUGUGAAAUCUACACCACACCCACAAACCAAAUGACACCAUCAACCAAGCAACUGAAACCACCAAGGCGGCCAUUAUCAGACCCCUAGGCCCCUGCCAGGCUGCCAGGCCGCCACUAGGCCCAGGGGGGGGAAGAGGGCGAGCGCCCGGACCGCAGGUCGCAGCACGGCCUUUGUUUUAUGUAGCCCCCUGCCAGGCUGCCAGGCCCCCACUAGGCCCAGGGGGGAGGACAAGCACAUGGAUUGCAGGCCGCAGCACGGCCUUUGUUUUUAUGUAGGCCUGAGGCUCAGGGGGAUCUGAAGGGGGGUUAUUACCCUCCGUUUCACAGACUAAUCCACAGCAACGCGGGAAGGGCCAGCUAGUCAGUCAAUAAAAAUGCAACACUUAGAUAUAUUACUGAAUGAUGGUGGAGACUGGCCUCUCUCCUAUGGGGAGGGGAUAGAGUUCCUUAGUCCUUCCACUCCAAAAUCAUAGGCAUUCUAGUUGAUUGCUAUACCAUUUUGUGGUGGCUUUGUCUACUAUUCUGGAGUUGGAUUUUUGUAAACUGUAAAUGCCCAAUUAUUCACUUGAAAUACAUUUGCUUGCAUUUGGCAGCUGAAUGUUUGUGCAGAUUUUUGCUGCCCUUACAAAAUUAUUUAGUGUGAUUCCUGACUGCAUUUUGUGUGCAUCUGAUCAUUAGGUUUGUUCUUUCAAUUCUGGUUUCAUCUAGUGAGAACAUUCCCAGUGGAGUGUUAAAACAUACUGAGUUGAUUUGCAUGUCAUGUUCAAGCCAGGGGUACCUAAUCUGUGUCCUCCAAUUCUUGGUUGACUGCAGUUUCCACCAUCUCUAAGAACAUAAGAAUAGCCUGCUGGAUCAGACUAGUGGCGCAACUUGUCCAGUAUCCUGUUCUCGCAAUGGCCAAUCAGAUGCCUGUUAAAAACCAGGAUUCCAGCAACUGGUAUUCAGAAGCAUUGCUGCCUCCAACUGUGGAGGUGGAGCACAGCCAUUAUGGCUAGUAGCCACUGAGAGCUCUCUCCUCCAUGAAUUUGUCUUAAAAAAAAUUCUCUGCACUUUCUCCAUUCCAUGCAUAAUUCUAUAAGCAUCUAUCAUGCAGCCACAGAAAGCCCUCUCCCUGGUUCCAAUAAAAAAAGAUAUAUAUUGGUGUGACCAGAAGUAGGAUUAGAAACAAACACACAAUCUGAGUACAUAUUUGUUCCUUCAGCAUGGAUUAAAUCAUGUGUCUCUGUUUUGCUUUAAAUGAGGCUUGAUUAUUUUUUGCUUGCUGUCAUGCAUAGCUGUCAAUGCAAAGAUAGAGGUAAUCCAAUCUGUGUGUCUCAGAAUGAAGGCUGAUUGGUGGGUUCAUGAAGGGAUUUUUGUCCUUGUAAAAUGUGAUACACCAGAGUGUGUAUCAUCCCUGACACACUUUAAAGCAUAUGGAAUCUGGUGCUUUCCAUUUGCACUUGUCCUUAAUAUAUUUCUUGCUGUAAGAGUAGCUGCAAAAUUGGAAAUACCCGUUUUGUUUAAUUCGAAAAUGCACUGUCCUGAAGAUGUCUUCAUUACUUUUUCAUCUCUGGAUGAUCUUACAGAUGUCUCUGGACACUUUUUUCCAGACAUAUGCUUUUCCAUCACCAUUUGUGUUUCUGGGUAUCUGGGCAGUGCUUGUUUAAUUUAAAUACAGUACCAUUGUUUAUGAAGAAGUCAGCCUAGUCCUUGAAGUCCUCUUCUUACCCAGGGGUCUAACUUAUCUAAGAGCCCAACCUUAUCAGCUUAAAUCUUGCCUUGUUUUCCAGCAAAUAUUUCAUGCCUACCAUCCACAUCAUCUUUUCCCUAGCUUGAGCUUCUCUUCUUGGCUUGCUGCAUAGUGAUUUUCUUGCUGCCUGUCUCUGAAGCUGAGUUGCAUGGAAGUGAUAAGCUCAUUGCAAUGCAGAGGUUAUCUGUACAGGCCCCAGAACUAGGAUCUUUAAAAGUAUUAUUAUUAAAAACUACCACUCAUUUAUUUAUUUUACCAUUGUGAAACUAAAAUUUUCUUAUGCUGUUCAACCUACCUUUAUUUUUAAAUUUAUGCAUGUGAUAAGAAAGACAGUUACCUUAAUUUCUGCCUCCCCCAAUUUAUUUUUCACAGGAAAGUGAAUAUCAUAAUGCCCAGAGCAAGCUGUCGAAAUUAUGUCUGUAUUUGUCACUUUGCUCUUGAAUUUGUCUGUAUCACCCUGUCUUUUUUAUGAAUAUAAUUAUAACUAGUCUGCAUGCAGAUCAUUGUCUGUCCCAUUGUUCAGAAUUUUUCUGUAGUAUCCACUUGUCCAUUAACAUUGAAAAGUGGGUGAGUUUAACAGAUUUUCCCCUGUCAAUUAAGUUUCCUUGCAUCUGUUCAUGGCAUCUAGAUUUUUGGUUAUAUAAAUUGGACACUUUCUUCACUAAACAUAUUUUGCUACAUUUCUAAAUGUGAAAUAGGUCCGUUAACUGUCACUGGGUAUGUAUAUAUUAGCGGGCAGACCAGAAGCUAGUUUCUUUUAGCAACCAUGUAAGGGUAAAACUGCUGAAUUUUUUUACUCCUCAAGAGAACGUGGAGCUAAAACAGUUCUUCGUGUCUUCUGUAUUGGUACAAAUGCUGCAGACUAGCUUGCAGAGUGGAUGGCCUUGUGUGUCACAUUGUAUUUCAACCAGGCUUCCAGUCUCUGCAUUUGCCAACCUGUUAGUUUGUAUACAUUUUUGGUACAACUGGGGGCCCAAGAAAAAGAUGACAAUGUUGGUGUCUGGCAGUGCUAAUGGACUUGAAAUACCGGUAUAUAUUGCUGAUAAAGUAACCAGUCUGUGAAUGGGUUAGCUCUGAAACGAUAAAUAUUUUUCAUCGGGGGUGUUUGAAGACCCUGUCAUCGGUUGGGAGAAAUAUACCAGUAUUUAUGAGAGGGCAUUAUAAAUUCUGUAAUUAUUUGAUAAUGUGGGCCCAUAAACUUUGAGCUGGCAUACACACCAACCAUUAUUACACAUAGAGAACUUGGGGGUGGGGUGAAUUUGUAUUUGGGUUGGAGCUACCAAACCAGGGAGACAUGUGCUGCUUCUGCCUUUGAAGUCCAGUGCAAAAUGAAAGGCACUGCCCCAUAGGACACUGUGUUCUAAGGUUUUGCACCACAUAUUUUUACUGCUUGUUUCCUGUGAUGGUAUCUCAGGAAUAUGGUGUGCUGCAUUUUGAUGCAAUAUUAUCUCCCAGAUAACCAGAAAGAUAUAACAUCCAUGAGCAGUUCAAAAGCAUACUGGCUUGAGUAGAUAAAUAGAUAUCACUGUGGCCGGAAGGUAAAUGACAUUUCCAUGCACUCUCACUUCCGUCAUGGUGUCACGUGCCAUAAAUGGUUUAGUCAUGUUUGCCACAUGACCCGGAAAGCUGUCUCUGGACAAACGCUGCCUCCCUUGGUCUGUAAGUGGAGAUGAGCACUUCACUCCAUAGUCAAAUUUGACUGUACAAUGGUCAGGGCUGAUGGGAGUUCUAUUAUUAUUAUUAUUACUACUACUACUAUUACAGUUUAUUAUCCCCCCUUUAUCCUAAGAUCCCAGAAUUAAAAUGCAACAUUAAUAUUAAUACAGUGGUCCCAGCUCCUGCCAACCUAGCAGUUCAAAAGCAUGUCAAAGUGCAAGUAGAUAAAUAGCUACAGCGGGAAGGUAAACGGCGUUUCCGUGCGCUGCUCUGGUUCGCCAGAAACGGCUUAGUCAUGCUGGCCACAUGACCUGGAAGCUGUACGUCGGCUCCCUCGGCCAAUAAUGCGAGAUGAGCGCCGCAACCCCAGAGUCAGUCACGAUUGGACCUAAUGGCCAGGGGUCCCUUUCCGCAAAACCAGAAAUAGCGUCCCAGUUUGAGAACUUUACCUCUGUCUAAGAGUGGAAUCCGAAUGGUGGAAGCGCACCAGCGACGGGAGGCCUCAUUAGGGAAAGCGCGCCGUGGUUUAAGAACUGUUUCGGUUUAAGAGCAGACUUCCGGAACGGAUUAAGUUCGUAAACCGAGGUAUCGCUUUACACGAUUUUCCACAAUAUUAAAAACAGUUUAAAACAACUUAAAAUUGCACAAAUAAAAUGUGUCCUAAAAAUAUACAUCAAGUGUCAAAAGCAAGGCUACAGAGGUGUAGUCCAGAGCAUAUGGUGGACGCCAGGUUGGGGAAAGCUGCUCUUUUCCCACUUUCUGUAUAUAGACAAACAUUCACAAACACACACACUGAUUACUUUCCUCCCAUCUUUCCCCCUAUGUUACAUGUUACCUGGAGGACAGUAGCCUCUUGAAGGAGCCAGAAGGUUUAGCCUGUAAGCCUUGCCUAUGAAGAACAAAAACUUAGUUUAUAGCUGUAACUGGUGUCCAGGAGAGAGUUCUGUUUAGUUGAUUGCUGCUGUUCAUUGUGGAUCAGCUGCAGUGGUGUGGCCCCAAAGGAGAGAUUGCCCCUUUGGGUGUUGGGUGUAUGGUGAAGGCAGUUGGGUGUGGAUGUGCUUGCUUCCACAGCCCCAAAUGAGAGAUUCAAGUGAGGCAGGAGGGGUGGAUAUGAAUGUACAGUGGUACCUCUACUUACGAAUGUUUUUACUUACGAAUGGAGCUCCGUCCACCAUCUUGGAUGCGAUUUUUUCUUACGCAUUUUUAUAUAGGGUUGCUUCGACUUACAAUUUUUUUCUCCCAAUGCAUUCCUAUGGGUUUCGACUUAUAAAUGUGCAUUCGGAACGCAUUAAAUUCGUAAGUAGAGGUACCACUGUACUGGCUUCCAAGUUAGAAAUGCAAUGCUGGGGAAUUGUGUCUGUUGUGUGAGCAGAUUGCAACUCACAAAUAGUGUGAUUGGAGAUAUUUGUUGAUACAGUAUUGUGAUCUUAUAUUGUUUGGCAUUUACAGCCGUACCUUGGUUUGAACAUUUUGGCUCCCGAGGAAGCUGAACGUCCGGCAGGGCUUCCGAUUGGCUGUAGGAGCUUCCUGCAGCCAAUCAGAAGCCAGGCUUUGGUUUUUGAAUGUUUUGGAAGUCAAACAGACUUCCACAAUGGAUUCCGUUUGACUUCCAAGUUAUGACUGUAUAGUACUUUUAUAAUUUUUUGUAUUAAUAUGCUGUUUGGGGCCUUCAGACUAAAAGCUGUUUAUAUACAUAUCAUAACAUGAAUAUUUGCACACAAACAUGCAAACAUUGACAACCAUGAAACUUAACAUCAUAACUUACUUUCAACACUCUCUGUACCCAAUGCAACUGAAUGUAUGUAUGAAGAUACAGAGUGCUCUGUGUGUGUUUAUACAAAUAUUUGCCUUCUACUUACCCAGUGAAAUGUUUUAUUUCCCUUAAACAAUACAGUCGUACCUUCGGGGUACAUAAGCAGCAAACCCGGAAGUAUAUUUCCGGGUUUUUGCCGCAUGUGCAGAAGCGGUCCCACCGGUUGCGGAAACCUCGGGAUCUGACCGGAGUUCCAAAGUGGAUCCCGUCCACAACCGGAGGUUCCACUGUGGAGAAUUUUAACUAGGUCAAGUAAAGUUGUCCUGUUUGGGUGUGGCCAGUCUGUUACGUGACUGGCAGUCUUAUGUUGUUAUACUAUACACACUUGCUUGGAAGUAAGUUUCCUUUGAGAUCAAUGGGAUUUACUUAUCAAUAGGUAUUGCACUGAUACAGUUAUCUACAUUACAGUUGUAUUCCAUCUGAGGAGCUUAGUGUUCUAGCUUUGCAUAAACUUCGUGUUGUAAGUUGUCCUGAGAGAUGUGAGCUCCUUGUACCAGUAAAUGUUACAAGUGAGUGACCCACUUUCUCCAGCCGUAGGCACUGCCCUGCUAGUCUAGUCCAUUAUUCAGUUUCCAGGAAAGAGAAACAUGGAAGAUGGAACGAGCUUUUUUUCCUGCUAUUCCAGAGGGUAGGAACUGAGCUAUUGGAUUCAAAUUACAAUAAAGGAGAUUCCGACUAAGCAUUAGAAAGAAAUUUUUGAUGAUGAUAAGAGCUGUUUGACUGUGGAACUGACUCCUUCGGGAGGUAUGGACUCUCCUUCCUUGGAGGUUUUUAAGCAGAGUUUGGAUGGCCAUCUGUCAUGGGAUGAUUGCAGGGAGUUGGACUAAAUGACCCUAUGAGUCCUAGGAAGAUUGCAAGUAGCCUUCUUCUAUUAUUAAUCUUCUAGUCUCUGGCAUCUUGAGGUAUGUUUUCUCUUACUAUGAAAAAGCUACUUAGCUAUCAUCUGUUAAUUUUAAAUUCUUUUAAAAAAACAAUCUAGGCUAUUGACCAUCACCACAUUUUAAUGAAUUCUGUAAGUUGUUGAUCCAUUGUGUGGAUUGCUGCUUUUUCCAUUGUUGACAUAACCUGACCCUGAGUUCUAGUGGUAUGAGUUGGGGGACUCCCCAGAACAGAUUGUUUUUUUGGGGGUGGCUUCCGGGGGCAUAAGCAGAUUUCUGUUGUGCAAGUGGGUGGACAUCAUUGGUCAGCUCACAUUUUCUGUACUGGGAUGGCUAAUCUGUGGCCGUCCAGAUGUUGUAAGGCUACAACUUACAUAGGGGUUAUAUCAAGCCAAAUCAUUUUGCAUGUCAAAUGACUUCUGCAGGUGCAACAGAACUUCCACUCCCUCUUUUGUCUGGUGCAAAGCCCCUGUCUGAUCUGGGGUUUCCCCCAAGCCUCAGAGCAGAUUUGGUGGCAGUGCAGGGGGAGGAAGGGGAGAGGGAGUUCCAUUGUGCUCACAGAAGUUGCAUACACAGUGAUUUAGGUGGAGUCGAUCUAUAAUUGCUGACCAUUGACCGUGCUGGCUGGGAUUGAUGGGAGUAUGAGGUCCAUCAACAUGUGGAGGUCACAAGUUAAGGUCCCCUGUUUACAUUAUUUGAGUAAUUACAGCAGGGCAGUCUUUAGCAUAUGCGCCGCCGGGGUGCAAAUACCCAGUACCCCCAAAUUUAGUUUAGCUGCGCCCAAAUUUUUUAGGGGGACAAACUCAAAGUCGUUGGGAAUAUUGGACUCUGUGGAGUAACAGAGCGACGGAGGAGGGGGCAGGGACUUUCGCUCCAUUGCUUUUCACUGCCACCAAUUGAGAGGGACUGGUAUACAGUAGGCAUACAUUUGGUGCCCCCCAGAAUUUAAUGCCCCGCACCCCCGGGUAAAGACUGCGCUGAAUUACAGCUAGUUUAGACACCCCUCAUUGUAUGUGUGAAGUUAGGAAUUUUUUACUGCAAUGAAUAUCCCUUUGCUACUCAUUUGCUAUUUUGUUGCCCAUUUCGUAUGCUUGAAAUUUAGCCAAAUCACUGGGGGCUUGACAAAAUUGCUGCAAAUGCAGGAUGUGAUCCAUGAGCUAUCAGUUGACCAUUCUUGCUGUGUAUUAUAAAAGCAUGAAAGAAGGAUUUCUUUGGCAUUGCCCAAACCUCAUGGGGGACUGUUAACAUGAACAACCUGCCACAUGGAGCCAUACCCACUUGGUUGAAUUGCAGGUUGCCAUCUUCUUUAGUUUUUGUACAUAAACAAGCCAUUAUCUCUUGUGGACAGACAUGUUCCUACGCUGCCAAGGAUAUUGGACUGAGUGUUGCAUUCCCUCCCCCUUUAGUAAAUUUAAUAAGCAGCAGAGCUACUGGCUUAAAGGAUGUCUAGAGUAGUUUGUAAACUAAAGUUUUAGACUACCAUGAACCAGUGUCAGGAAAGUGGCUUUGGUUCUAUUAUGAGAGGUCACUUCACUGGAUCUAUAAGUUUUGGUCUCAGAGAGAUGGCUCAUAUAUCACAGAGAAGCAUACUUGUUUUCUGUUGUAACAUGCAAAGUGGGACUCUUAUUUACUGCUUUUGCUGCAGUUAAAUAUAGUCAUUCCCCAUUUUGCAUGUAAUGGCAGAAACACAACCAACUCAUACUUCUGCUUCCCCCCCUCGAGGUUAGAAUCCUCUGUCUUUAACCUUAAUUGCUUAUUUACACUCCUCAAAAGAGAUGAAUAUUGAGUGUGAUGGGAAAAAAGAUUAAAGAAGUUGGUUUACAUAAUCAUAACAACAUAAGAGACUAGCUGGAUCAGACCAAAAGCCCAUCUAAUCCAACUUUCUGUUCUCACAGCAACCAACCAGACGUCUGUGAAAAACACUCAGGCAGAACAUGACACAUAACAGCACUUCCUACUUGUGUUUCCCAGCAACUGAUAUUCAGAGGCAUAUUGCCUCUGAUAGUGGAGAUAAUACAGUUUUUGUGACCAAUAGUGAUUGAUAGCCUUAUCAUCCAUGAAUUUAUCUAAUCUCCUUUUAGAGUCCUCAGAGUUGGUGGCCAUCACUUCAUCUUGUGCAAGUGAAUUCUGCUGUAGAAAAAAGUGCAGAAUAUCCCACCAUUCAGUUUCAUUGGGUGACUGGAUUCUGAGAGGAAGAUCUACUGUAUUUACAUUUUCUCUACACACUUAAAUUUUACACAACUCCAUCAUGCCCCCCUUAUUGUCAUUGUUUAAAGUAAAAAGCCCAAGCCUAAUCUUUCCUCACAGGGGAGAUGCUUCAACCUCCUAAUCAUUUUGUCUCUCUCUGUUCCCAUCUUCAUUUAUUUUUAUUGAGGUAAAUUAUACUGACUCAUACUUCAACGAAAUCCAAAAGUGGUUAAUCAUCUAUGUAUAACUAGUAAGUUUGAGCACUACAGCUUCUUUUUAGGACAAUGAGGACACAACUGCCUUUAACAUGACAGUCAUUCUCCAGAAGUGGUUGUUGAAACAGUAAAUAUAAGCCAUCAUAUUACCAGGCACUUAGCUUCCGACUAGCCAGGAAAUAAACAAGCUAACUAAAUGGAGAUUGGUACAUUCAACAGGUAUCAGAGUUGAUUUCUACGGUAGUUCAGAAUUAGCCUUGAAGGCACUAAGGAACCCGAACUUCAAAUGAAAGAAGACGCUCCAUGGUAGGUGCAGGAAAGUUAAUAUGCAUAAUUUACCCAGCUUUUUUUUUUAGAACUGUGUGUCAGUUUGGUAAAACUUGCGUCUGAAGAAGGUUUAAACUCAUGUGUGGGAAAGCAAUUUUGGAAAAGAAGAAAGGACUUCAACUUAAUGCCAGGGCUUGAGAGUUUAACACUGAGAAUUUCAGACUGAAUUGUGCAUUGCAGUGGGAAAUGCUAUUGAUGAUUUUUUUUCAUAUCUUGUAGCUAGCAUAUUAAGAAAUGACUUCUUUGGCCAGGAGUUUCUAAAGUUCACCUUGUUUUCCAAGUGAAAUUGGGAAGCUUACCAAUAUGUUCAAUUAGGAUUUCUCCCUGUUCUAUACUGUAUGCAAUACUCAAGGCUGAAGUGAAAUGUUGUUCUAUUGAAGGAAGUAGAAAUCUUGCCCAGCCCCACAUAGCAAGCAUGUUGAGCCCAGUUAUAUAUAUGUUGAGCCAGGAUUUAAUAAGCUUCCACCAUCUCAUAAAAUGUGAUUAGUUGACCUCAAACCAGAAAAGCAGUGUAAUGAUGCUUGGUUUAAGAAUAUUCUAUCUAAAGAAAUAUUUAAGGGCUCAUACUUUUGUGGUAGUGAGUUUGAUUGGAAGCUAUGAAGCUAGUUUGUGUUCUUUUCUGCUCUGUUGCACGCAACUAUCUUCAUGGAUCUGACACUCUGUUUAUCUGACAGUGCACUCAGUACUGCUUUGCCAGGGAAAAUUGCACAAAACAAGCCCAGUGCAUCAGCAUUUUCAUUGUGUACUGAGCUGAGUCUCUCUUCACAUGGUCACAUCCCCUUUUUAAUCCUGGUCCUCAUGUUUCUUUCCCAGUCCAGCCUGUUUUUGUGGUGUCUGUUGCUGGUCUCCCUAAGCUUGUGUUCUUGUGGUUUGAGUGUUAUUUUGUGUGGAUCACUGUGUUAAGACUCUAAGAAAUUAAGUGGUGGUAUUCAAUUGGUUCGACAGGACAGUGAUCUAGCAUUAGUGGUUUGUGGUAAGCAGAGAAGUGAUGGCUGCUUUUAAGUUGGAUUUCCUCCCAGAAAUGAUGGUGGAUCAUUGCUCCUUGAAUGCCAGCCCUAUCUCAAAGAAAAUGAAUGGCACACUAGACCACCCUGACCAACCGGACAUUGAUGCCAUCAAGAUGUUUGUUGGCCAGGUCCCACGGAGUUGGUCUGAAAAAGAUCUGCGAGAUCUGUUUGAACAGUAUGGUGCUGUCUAUGAAAUAAAUGUCCUGCGGGACAGGAGCCAAAAUCCUCCUCAGAGCAAAGGAUGCUGUUUUGUUACAUUUUAUACCCGUAAAGCUGCACUAGAAGCACAGAAUGCUCUUCAUAACAUGAAGAUUCUCCCAGGGAUGCACCAUCCCAUCCAAAUGAAGCCAGCCGACAGUGAAAAGAAUAAUGCUGUGGAAGACAGGAAACUGUUCAUUGGGAUGAUCUCAAAGAAGUGCAAUGAAAAUGAUAUCAGAAUGAUGUUUUCCUCCUUUGGGCAGAUUGAAGAAUGCAGAAUUCUACGGGGUCCUGAUGGCCUAAGUCGAGGUUGUGCUUUUGUGACUUUUACAACAAGAGCUAUGGCACAAACAGCAAUCAAAGCAAUGCACCAAGCACAGACCAUGGAGGGAUGCUCUUCUCCCAUCGUGGUGAAAUUUGCAGAUACCCAAAAGGAUAAAGAACAGAAACGAAUUGCACAGCAACUCCAGCAGCAGAUGCAACAAAUCAGUGCUGCAUCAGUUUGGGGAAACCUGGCUGGACUGAACACACUUGGACCCCAGUAUUUAGCACUUUAUUUACAGCUCCUUCAGCAGACAGCGGCUGCCUCCUCUGGAAAUAUGAACACACUGGGCAGCCUCCACCCAAUGGGAGGAUUGAAUGCAAUGCAGUUACAGAACCUAGCUGCAUUAGCAGCUGCAGCCAGUGCAGCUCAGAGCACACCAAGUGGUACCACUGCACUCAAUUCUUCUAACAGCCCUCUAAGUGUGCUCACCAGUUCAGCAGGAUCAUCACCCAGUUCCAAUAGCAGCUCCUCUGUUAACCCAAUGGCUUCUCUUGGAGCACUACAAACACUGGCAGGGGCUACUGCAGGCCUCAACGUUGGCUCUUUAGCAGGAAUGGCAGCCUUAAACGGUGGACUAGGCAGUGGUGGUCUCUCAAAUGGCACAGGGAGCACUAUGGAGGCCCUAACUCAGGCUUAUUCUGGGAUCCAGCAAUAUGCCGCUGCAGCUUUGCCCACACUUUACAACCAGAGUCUCUUAACACAGCAGAGUAUUGGUGCAGCUGGAAGUCAAAAGGAAGGUCCAGAGGGAGCCAAUCUGUUCAUCUACCACCUCCCCCAGGAGUUUGGGGACCAAGAUUUGCUGCAGAUGUUCAUGCCUUUUGGGAAUGUUGUCUCCGCCAAGGUUUUCAUUGACAAGCAGACUAAUCUGAGCAAAUGUUUUGGUUUUGUAAGUUAUGACAAUCCAGUCUCUGCACAGGCUGCCAUCCAGUCAAUGAAUGGAUUUCAAAUUGGCAUGAAGCGACUGAAAGUACAGCUCAAGCGCUCUAAGAAUGACAGCAAGCCAUACUGAGCGCCCCUCCCCUCUGGAACUGGAGUGAGAAGGAUCUUCUGGUAAGUUGGGGAGGAGUGCGCCUGGUGAUUCAAAAACUCUUUAAGGCUGUAUUUUUACAGUCACAGAAGCUGAUUGAUGCCAUUCUAACUGGCACAUCUUCCCCCGAAGACUCGGCUGCAGCCUCUACUGGGAAUUCUUCGGAUGGAGGACGAGUUUGUGAUUCUGUUUCCAGUGUUUUACUUUGGAGUUUAGGUGCCAUAUCACUGAUUAUUAUUUUUUUAAGUUUGCUGUGUUUGUAACCAGUGUGUUUUGAGAAGGACCAAUGCCAGCCACCUUGGGGAGAUGGGGAGAUACCAGGUGCAAUUGGAACUGACACUGCAUGACUUAGACUUAAGAAGGAGAAAAGACCUAUUGCCAGACCCCAAGUUAUAUUCAUGAAAAGAGGGAGGGAGAGAAUCUGAAUCCAAAUCACUUGGUGGCUGGUUAGUGAACAGACCCUCAAGGAACAUUGCCAAAUCCUCAUUUGCCCAGCUUUACUUAAUUAAUGCCUUAUGAGAGAAUGUUAUACUGAGUCACUAGGGUGGGAGAAAAGUAAUUAGGUGAACAGAUUCAUGUAUUAAAGGAAAACUGCAGUACUUAUGAGUGUGUGGUCAGCUUACAAAAUGAUCCAAUUAUGUUUCUAGAGCAAACAUUUACAAUCCAGCCAGAACAACCUUUUAAAAAUUGGAUACUUCCAAUUUUCCAGUAUUUGUUGUUUAAUGGAAACUAGGCAAUUUAUAAUGGAGAUAUACAUCUUAGCCACACAAUUUGCUCAUGAUCUGCUGCAAAUUCUGUACGUCUUGAUUGAAUUUCCUUUGUGGCUUCUGCCCCAGUUUUACAGCUUGUACAUAAAGAUGUUACUAGAAUCAAUGUUCAUAAAGCACCAUUUAAAUCCUAAGUACUAAACUGACAGAUGGCUUCUAAAUAAGCUCAUGGUUCUUUGAUUUCUGACAAUCUGCUUUUUUGCGCACACUCUUUAGCUGAACAUCCAGAAUAAUACUGCCCCAAAGAUCACAUUUUUUUUCUUAUAUAGAUUGAUUUUGCGUAUGUUUCUAUUUUGCUACAUUGCAGUUUUCCUUUGAAUGCAUGUGCCAAUAUAAAACACAGAGGGCUGAAUCUGCUGCACAGGAUCUUGAUCCUGCUAUUGUUUAUCACCCAAUAUAUUUUAACUCAGAAUUCUUUCCCUUCUAAUACACGCUUAUUUUUUUCCACACGUAUGAAUUUGCCAAAAUGUUAAAAGGUGGUUUGUUUUUUUUGUACACACUGAUGACAUGGGACUAAAGGGAACUUUGACAUUCUGGCCUCAGCCAUGGCAAGAAGUCAGCGUAGAAGCUAGCUCUAAAGCUACAAAAAGCCACCUCUAUCUGUGAGGAAAUGAACGGUGUUAUAUAUAGAUUCACUGCAUUCCUGUGUCCUCAGUUUAUUUGUCUCUGGCCCCAUUUGAUUAUAAUGUUUUUUUCACAGCACCCCAGUUAACCCACAAAUUUUGUGUUUGGGAAUCUUGUUUAGGGAAGCGGGGAGCAGGGAUAUAUAUAUAUAUAUAUAUAUAUAUAUAUAUAUAUAUAUAUAUAUAUAUAGCUUUCAGUUCACUCUGUCAGGAAGAGCCACAAGACUUGUUGAGCCUGAAAUGCCAUUUAAGAAUGUGCCAGAAACUUGGAAAUCAAACAUAACCAGGGACUGGGUCCCCUGGUAUAUCAAACCUCAGAAGUAUAAGAUGUAUUGGGCCUUCCUUCUCAGGUUCAAGUAAUAUUUUUCUCGUGAAUUUGGAAGUAUUGUUGAUGCAAACUGUCAGUAUUAUAAAGCACACAGAAUGGUGGCAAAAAAAGGUUGAAUGGUCAGAUUGCCAAAUUUCCCAUUUAUGCUGGCAUUUGGUACCCUUCUGUGUUCAGUAUUUGGGUCUAUUCAGAAGCAUAUGCAUACAUUUAGGUGAACUGUAUACAUUUGAAUUUUGUGCACUAGAAAAAGUUGUGUCCUGAUAUUCUGAGGUGGGGGGGGAGUAUUGGAGUGUUGAGGCUUCCAGAGUUGUCAUGGGAUUUUUAAAAAAUAAUAAUAAUAUACUUUUCGGGGGGUCAUGGUUGGGAGCAGCUGCUCCAUUUGCAACCUGAUAUAACCAAGAAUGUUGUUUCUAUUUUUAUAGAAGUUUUAUACUGCUCCAGGGUGGAGAAUAUUUAUUAUCUAAAUUAUUUCACUGGAAAAACAGGGUUUUGCAUAAUCCUGAAUGUGAUUGUGUUACACAUACAUACAGCAAUGUGCAUGAUUAAAACUACUGACUUUCACUGACCUGUCUGCAGUUGGAAGAGCUGCUAAAUAGGAAAAGAAUUAAUGCUGUGAACUAGUGGAGAGGGAAAGCUGUGCUCAAGUUUCUCUAUAGUCACUUCUCCCAGUACUUCCUCUCCCCUGCUCCCUCAGUUACAUUUUUGUUUUGACUACCCAAAUUAGUUUUCUGUGAAUUAUCUGUUCGCUCACCCUUCUAUUUAGUGUCCAUAAUAUUUCUAAACAGUGUAUAUGCUCUCAUCAUGGAAACUGUGAGGCAAAUCACCUCCUGUUAAAUUAACAUGACAGCAAGUGGGUAUAGAUGGUUUUAUAAUCUGAGAAGUAUGAUAUAUGUGAGUGGUCUCAUCCCACAUGAGAAUUGCCAAAGUAAACUUUCCAGGUUAAAUCUUAGAAAUCAGGACUCUGGUGUGUAUUGGCAAAGUUGCUGCGCCUUCCGUGCUGGUGCUCUGAAUUACUUUUAACUAGAGGACUUUAACUCCAUAUGCCUCUCCCCUCCCUCAAUUUAAUUCUGAUCUGCCCAUUCAUGCUUUUCAAAACAAGUAAUAAACCUAAGUCUCUGGAGUAGGUUCUCUAUUGGCAAGGAAAUCGUGCACACAAAUUCAGCUUUCCACUUUUAGGAUUAUGGCCUAUCUGUCACAUUGUGGGUUCUGCAUAGUUUUAAAUUUCCUCCGCCUUCUUUCCUUUCCAAGUUUGAACAGGUCCUUUGACAUAAAACCCUGAAUGUUACCUUUUUGCCUAUCCCUGUUUAUUAUCUAUAUUUGAUCCAAUGUGACAAAGGGAUCAAAUUGGAAAGCACAGCCAAUUUUAGUUGUUCUUUAUUAAGAAAUACAGGCUGCUAUGUAUCAACUUAAGUUGUAUUUAACCUAAAACAACCAUAGAUGUAUUUUAGAUUAAAACAAGUUCUCAGAAUAAAUUGAGUGACUGGUAACAUGCAGAGACAAAUCUGGAAUCAAUAAAAGAAGAAAUGUUGAACUGAAAAGUAUUUUGGGCAGACUUUGGCAUUCCUGAGGCAUAUCACUAUCGCCAUCCCCCAAAAGCCUUAUUUUUGUAAUAAAAAAAUGGCUCUCAACAACUGCUGAUGAAUUUGCCUCACAAUAAUCUGCAUUUCCUCUGUAACAUUUUAACUUGAGUAUAGUAUAUCCUUCAGCCUUGUGAGUGUGUCCUUGGGGGGGGGGGGAAGAGACAGAAUCUACUUUUCAGAUUCUGCUUGACAGUAGAAUAGCUUAGCACUUGUAAACAGAAGCUCAGUUUUCAUUUGGGAAUUCACACACAAAUAGAAAAAUAAACUUUUAAACACUGAAAUGAAAUGCAACCGUAUGUUUUAAAUCAGAAUAUUAUAUGCCUUUAAUCAUGAUUGGAAUAAAAGUUACGGUAGACCUAACAAGCCUGCUUUUUCCACUAAUCACAUGCUGCCUCAGACAGUUUUCCAUGUCAUUAACAGAAUGCUUAAAUGUAUUUGUCAUGCAAAUCACAUCUCUUGUGUUGUGCCCUUAUUGGAGAUUCUAUCAAUUCUGAGAAAAUGUCAAGAUGCUCAGACAAAAUUCCUUCCACUCAAACUGGUAACAGUGACUGUAGAACUUAUGAGAGCCCAGAAUUCCACCUCACAAAGUCAGGGAGAAGGAUUUAUUUAUUGAAAAAGUUGCAAGUGUUUAUUUGUAGGUGUUAAAUAAAAAGGGCUCAGCUGAGGCAAGUCUUGACUUGCAAUAAAGUCUUAAUUCCUUCCUAUUUCAUAAGGGUUUCACUUCUAUUUAUGUAUCUUGCGUCAUUUUUUGAUUCUAAAACCAACAGCCAGUAUCCUUGUUUCCUAAAGAAUAGCUGAAACAGAGGAUGGAUUGCUUAGGCUACUACUGCCUAUGUAUGUCGCAUGAUAGGAAAGAAGAAAGUAUAAUCAACCAUCAACCCCAGUUAUUCCUCCUGUGUCCCCCAUCUCUUAAAAUCACCCUGGAACCACAUUUUAUGGAUUCAAGAUCUAACAGAGGGGGGAGUUCUGUGUUGUCUUCCUCAAGCAGAGGUAGCAGGAGCACUGUCUCAGGGCUGUGGUGAACACACAGCUGUCUGUAUGCCACUAAGCCAUAGUCCAUUCUGUAGCUAGUGUCUAAAGGAAAUCCCAGGCCUCUACUUCUAUCUGGUUUCUGGUAGUUUUGAUAUUUAUUUAGUGUCUUAUGCACUUCAACUUUUACUUGUUUGUUGUUGGCAUGUGCUGCCCUUCCCUGUCAACUCCCCUCCCCAAGAGGUCUCAUUGUACAGUGCCCAUUCUUGUUCUCUCUUUCUCACUCUCACUCUCUUUCUCUCUCUGUUUGGAUGUACUGCUCUGUGUAACUCAGUGGGUCUCCUUCUUUCUGGUUUGUUUUUUUUUCUAGAUUCCUGCCGUUUGUUCAUCGUUGUGCCUAAAGCAUGUCGAUGUGGCGUUCAAGUACAUCGUCCAAAUCCUUGUCUCUUCAGCUUCUCUGAUGCUUGAACUCUCACCUUUGACCUUGUGUUGACUUUUUGAUGCUGAUGUGUAUUUUUAUUAUGUUUGUUUCUUUUCUUUUUCUUUUUUUGUGCUGCCAAAUUGGUUUUGCUAGAAAGACUGCUGAAGGGGAAUAUUUAAACUUGCAUUUGAAUAUAAAAGAAUUCUAUUUUUCUAGAACUUCGUAAGAUAACCACUUGAUUUUGUGAUUCUGAUUCUUUGUAACUGUCUUCAGAGCAGCCUUGCUAGCAUACCUCGUGGAGUAUUGUAUUUCUGUGAACAUACAGCCAAUCACUUUCUAGGCUUAGUUUUUUCUGUGUGCUUAGUUUUAAAACAAAUCUUUGAAGGAAAAGGUAAAAUGAUGUGACUUUAAAAAUUUUGGAGGCUUCUGGUCACAUUUUGCUGAAUCUAUUUUCUGUGCUUGAGGAGACAGCAUGUAUUCUUUGACUUGAGUAGCCUCAGCAGAAAACACUUGAACUACACUUUCUCCUGAUUGUAGCUGCAUUUUUGCCCUGGCACUUACUGUUUUUUUUCCUUCCUGUGUGAUUAUCAGCCUUUGUCUGCAGUGAAAUUUAAUCAAAGUUGAUGUUGUAUUUUGUUAAACCCUAGCAUGCUUAGUUUUUUGUAACUACAGUAUCCUCAUUAAAAUGUGAGAUUUUGUUUGUUUUUUUCCUUUUAAAACUCAAAUAACGCCCUUGUAAACGUUUUGCAUGUUUCCUGCUGUGUUCUUCACAACCUUGUGUAUAUAAACACCCUUCACCUCUGUUUUCUAUAGUUUGUGCAAAAACUGAGUAAUUCAAUAGGUUUCAGAUCUAUCCUUUGUUGGAUGCCAGACUUGUGGUCAUAUGUCACGUAAUGACAUCUCCUGUGCAUUUAGACUGCUUUACACAAUAUCUGCACCUUGCUCUAUCAUCACAGCUAUUGAAAGGUCUCAGGGGGCUAGAUUGCACUGUUCAGGUGGUGGCGGCGGCAGGGAUAGAAGGAAAGGUGUGGGGUGUUUGCAGUAAUAUUGCUUCUAAGAUCCAUUGGAGCUGAAGCUCUUUUGGGGUAGCCUUAAUUUGUACCUCUUGUUUAACAUGUGGCUUGCUUUGUGAGGUUUAGCACCAUUAAAGCUCAGUGGAUGGAAGCUUGAUUGCUCUCCAGUCUUUACACUUGAAGUAUCAUGUUCUGCAUAUCCCAUAGAAGGAAUCUGUAAGUUUAGGCACAGAACUGCUGACUCUUUCUCCAAGCGACAAGCACAAUAUAACAGCCUAAUAGCUGUUGCCUGAACAGGGUACCAACCCCGGCUCCUUUUCUCAGGGGCCUUAGCUGGGGGAUGAUCUCUAUAGAGAUUUUUUUUUUAAGUUCUUAAAUUGGGUAAGGAGUCAUGCAGUCUUUCUUUCUUUCUUUUUUUCUGGCCUGAUGAAGAAAUAGCAUGGAUUAUCCUUCUCUGGGAAGCAUGCUUCAGCCUUCCUGUAUAAAUGACCUACUGUAGAAGCUGAGACUUAGUACUGGGGUUCACAGCACCUGAAAGAAACUCCUGUGGUAGGUGCUAAAUCACAAGGGGGCAAAGGGUUGGGGAAGCUAUAAAGGAACUUCAGACAGGAGAAAGGAAUGUGAGCAAAACUUCGUAGAGUAGGGAUGUACGGGAGACCUGUCUCUAGGCCAUAUGGAGUGUUCUAGUCUUUAGGACAAAAAAAAAAUCCUGCUCCAUUGUUGGGUGGGUAAUAUUUCUCCAUGCUUGUUAGAUAAAUAUGCAUAGGUAGCUAUUCCCUCAACCUUGUGAUCUUCACCUUUCGAGGGUGAGAGUUGCAUGCAAAGAGAUGACUGCAAAUAUCUGGGUAUACAGCUGUGAGAUAGUUGCUCUUAGGCUCACAGUCGCAAUGCACAGGGAUGUCUGAUGGCAGGGAAUGUGAGACCCUGCAGUGUAUUGAUUUAUUUUGCCAAUACAUUUCUUUACAAUGUGCAUAUAGUUUCAUGAGGAACUUUGGGGGAGCCUGUGGAAACAAAAAUUUCUGGAGAAAACCAAAAUGCCAAACGUUGGAUGUUCCUUUUCUUCUUUCCUUUCUUUCUUUGGUUGUUUUAAUUAUUCUGUGGUGGUUUUAAUAAAUUUGAGACAGUAACGCAGCAGCUGCCUUUUAUUUCUGGCUGCUUUUUGUGAAUAAUUAAAAGAAAAUUUACAUUUUGGAAACAAACCUGUGGGCUUUUUUAUUGGUACACACAUUGUAUUUAACACUAGGGGUUUUGUACAGUUUUUUGCCUUUUCUACUAGAAAACAAUGUAAAGUGAUUCACAAAUGUGACAAGAAAACAAAUUGCCACUAUGACCAAAUGUAGAGUCUGUUCUGCAGUAACAGGAUUUAAUCAACUCAAAUUUGUGAUUCUGUUGUAGCAAUGCUUUUCUUUCCUUGUUUGAGCUGUUCCUUUUUUCUUGUUUGAUUUGCAAAAUGUCCUUUUUGUGUGAAAUUGUGUUGUACUCUGUAGAAAAUUAUGGCUUUUACUUUAAUGGUUUAAAAACAGAAGCACAUGUUGCUUUUCUGAUCACGGAGUUUGUGUAGUGGAUUUAAAAAUGAAAGUUAUGUUAAGUUUGGAACAAGCGAGUAUGUAUUAAGGAAUUUUCUUCCUUUUGUGUGUGGUUUCUUUUUGUCCCACUGGGGAACCUAAUGCCGUUUUAAUUGCACAGACACACAGACAAGAAGUCAUUUUGUAUAUGCCAAGUGUGGUACCUCCCUUUGUUUAUUUGCUAUUAAACUGUUUGAGAAGAA